AUAAAAUGGAAGUAAAUAGUGUAGUCUCUGCUAUUAGAGAGUCAACAAAGUCUGACCAGACUGAGACUAACAUCAAGCAAGAAUUUGAGGAUGAUAAUAAGGUUAUUAUCCCACCAGAUUUCCAUGAUGCCAUCAAUACUGUUAAACAAGAGGUUAAUGAUGAGUGGGAGAGAGAACAAGAAUGGGGACAGGAUCAUCUUGACUACCCUAUAGUUCAAGAGGUCAAAUUCAAGCAAGAAAGUCAAGAGAGUUCUAGUUAUGACCCCCAAGAAGCCCGUGUACAUGAGAGAAGCAGUGACGAGUCUGAAGAAAUGCAAGAUAUUCAGACUAUUUAUGUCGAGAUGAAGAAGGCAAGACCAACUAAGUCUGAUGCUUUCAAUGAAAUUGAGAAGAUCAGGACAAGCGAGCUAAAUAAGAUUUAUAACUCUAUCUCAGGAAGGAAAGAUGUCGCAUUCAAAGCGGUACUAAGGAAAGCUAAGAAGUAUUACUUCACUCUUAUUAAGGGCCAGCAAGAUUUUAGCAAAUAUCUCAUUGGUGAUUCGAAAAAUAUUACACUGAUUUAUGCAGCUUGAGAGAGCCUCAGAGAUGGCACGUUCUUCUCAGAUAAUUAUGAGCAAGAGUGUAGAGAGAUUGACAAGAAAAUUAAGGUUGAGUCAAGAGGACUCAAUUAUUCACUGAAAUAUUUGAAUUAUUACAUUGAAGAUUUCUGGCUUCUCCUACCUUUUUACUUAAUGGUGCUCUCAUUCCCGACUGAUUUAAAGAAAUGGAUAGAAGAGCAACAAGAAGUAGAGGAAACAUGAGAGUUUAUCCCGGAAAAAUUAGCUCAGAUUCCAACUUUAAUCCUGAAAACUUUAGAUAAGUUCUCGAUGAAGAACUUGCACUCAAUGCUGAUGAUUCCUCAGUUCGACUUUUUGAUCAAAUUCUACAUCGAGAAGCAAUAUUCUAUGGAGAAAGGAGAUGACAAUGAAGCUGUCUCAGAGUAUCUACUAAAAUUUAACAGCUUUUGCAUAUAAUUUGAUGUUUUCAAUAAAAUCUCAU